CGGCGCGGCCGGGCCGGGCAGGAAGAUGGCGAACGUGCAGCUGGAGUUCCAGGCCAGCGCGGGCGAGGCGGACCCGCAGAGCCGCCCGCUGCUCGUGCUGGGGCAGCUGCACAACCUGCACCGCCUGCCCUGGGCGCAGCUGCGGGGGAAGCUGCAGCCGCGGGUCACCGAGGAGAUCUGGCAGUCUGCCCUGAGCACGCUGAACCCCAACCCCACGGACAGCUGUCCCCUGUACCUGAACUAUGCCACGGUGGCCGCGCUGCCGUCCCGGGUCAGCCGGCACAACAGCCCGUCCGCCGCGCAGUUCGUCACCCGCCUGGUCAGGAACUGCCUGCCCGGCGGCGUCCACAGAUGCAUUGUUAUGGUGUGUGAGCGCUCCGAGGUCUUCGCCUCCGCCUGUGCCCUGGCCAGGGCCUUCCCCCUGUUCACACAUCGCUCCAGCGCCUCCAGACGCACAGAGAAGAAAACUGUGACCGUGGAAUUCUUCCUGGUUGGCCAAAACAACGGACCAAUGGAGGUGACAACACUCAAAUGCCUGGCCAGUGCCACCGAGGGCGUCCGGCUGGCCGCGCGCAUCGUGGACACGCCGUGCAGCGAGAUGAACACUGACACCUUCCUGGAGGAAAUAAAAAAAGUUGGCAAGGAUCUUGGGAUUACUCCUACUAUUAUCCGAGAUGAGGAGCUGAAGGAGAGAGGCUUUGGAGGUAUCUAUGGAGUUGGAAAGGCAGCUCUGCAUCCUCCAGCCCUGGCAGUUCUCAGCCACACUCCAGAUGGUGCCACACAGACCAUUGCCUGGGUGGGCAAAGGUAUUGUGUAUGACACUGGAGGACUCAGCAUCAAGGGGAAGACUACUAUGCCUGGAAUGAAGAGAGACUGUGGUGGAGCAGCUGCUAUUUUGGGUGCCUUCAAAGCCACUGUAAAGCAAGGGUUUAAGGACAAUCUUCAUGCUGUUUUUUGUCUGGCUGAGAAUGCAGUGGGACCGCGUGCAACGAGACCUGAUGACAUUCAUGUUCUUUACUCUGGAAAAACUGUGGAAAUCAAUAACACUGAUGCAGAGGGGCGCCUGAUCCUGGCUGAUGGAGUCGCUUACGCCUGCAAGGACCUUGGGGCUGACAUCAUUCUGGAUAUGGCCACUCUCACUGGAGCUCAGGGAAUUGCUACAGGAAAAUACCAUGCUGCUGUCCUUACCAAUAAUGAAGAGUGGGAAAAGGCUUGUGUUAAAGCUGGCAGGAACUGUGGAGACUUGGUCCAUCCUCUGGUGUACUGCCCUGAGCUCCACUUCAGUGAAUUUACCUCUGCUGUAGCUGAUAUGAAGAACUCUGUAGCAGACAGAGACAACACCCCCAGCUCCUGUGCUGGGCUCUUCAUUGCCUCCCACAUCGGCUUCGACUGGCCGGGGGUGUGGGUGCACAUCGACAUCGCUGCUCCCGUGCACGCCGGUGAACGAGCUACUGGCUAUGGCGUGGCUUUGUUGCUGUCCCUGUUUGGAGGGGCCUCUGAGGACCCUCUGCUGAACCUGGUGUCCCCCCUGGGCUGCAAUGGGGACUGUCCCCCUGAGGACAUGGAGAGGGACUCCAAGAGACGGCGCCUGGUUUGACACAGCCCCGGCCCUGGGCUUACCUCACUUUGCACUGAUCUGCUCUCAAGCAAUGAAAUGUCACACGUCAGAAAUUCCCUUUUUUUUUUUUUUUUAUUAUCAUUAUAAGAUUUAUUACUUGUUUCUGAUAAAAACAGCCUGAUGUAUUGUUUAGUUUGAUUUUUUUUUAAAUUAUUGGUGCACACAGUUGCUGAACAAUAUCAGUGGUGCAGAGUCCAGGCUCAACUAACUGUAUCAGGAAGAGGCCACGUCCUCCUCCGAGCUCCUCACAAAACCUAACUAAGUGCAUUAAUGCAUGAGAAGCUCUCUCUAGUCUGAAGAAGCAACUGCAGCUAUUGCUUACAAAGCCUUCUGAAUUAUUAUAUGUGAGGUUUUAUCAGACAUUUCUGCAGGCAGGCCCCAUUGCAUCUCAGAACACAGGACAAGGAAAAAAACUCUGUAGACUUGGCUUAUUCAGAGACAGUUUAGCUUAGCAGCAAAGGAGAUGUAAUGAGAAAAGGCCUAUAGGUGCUGUUUCUGCAUGUUUUAAUGUUCUUCUGACCAGUAAAAUCAGCAAGAAGGGUUCAGAACAUAUGUCUAUGUAAUUGUUUCACAUACAAAUUACAGAAUGUAUUCAUGUUAAAUGAGGAAAACAAUAGAGGGACUGUGAUUGAGUAAAAUCAGUUUACAAAGCAGAGUGGCUUCUUGCCACUUAAUAAAUUUAUUAUUAUUAAAGAAGCUUACAUAUCCCA